AUCACGGAGAACUGAGAUUGAGAAAUGUCAUUUCAACCAAACAGGACAUUGCUAUAUGGCAUUCUAAUCAUAUGGAUGAUUCGAAUUGAAACAGUGCAAAUGACAACCAAUUCAUCACAACGAGAUGAAAUCUGCGAAAGUUUACGGCAAACUGAUGGUGGCAAAUUGAAAAUAUUGGCCGUGGGCAAAACAUCAAGGCGUCUGCUUUUGAUAACGGUCGAUUUUCAUGUUUAUGAUGUUGCACUGGAUUCAAUGAAUUCGGCCUUGGAUAAAUUGUAUCUUGGUAGUAAACCGAGGCCAUUGGACGAAAAAUAUCCAAAACUUUCCAAUAACAAUAGUUUUAAAGAUAUCAAGAAUAUUAUAUUCAAUGCAUUCAUAAUGAGUGAUGCGGAUGCUGAUUGGAUUUGCAUCACUACUAAAAGUAGUUCUGGACGACCCGGAGUCAAUUAUGAUAUCGAUAAUUCCGAAGUAGUGACGGGAUGGGUAUAUGCAGGCGAGAAUCCCCAAGUAUUGAUAUCAACAAGUUUACCAUGUCAAUAUUAUUCAUUAGAAUCAUAUGGAAGCCUAGUAAUUAAUCGUUAUGAAUGUUUAACAAGUCACCAUGUACGGGAUCAUCCAGAAAUAAUGCCCAAAUACGAUAAUCUAGCAAUAUGUUAUGGUCAAAACGAAACCACCAUUACCAUGGAAAGGAUUCCACACCAACCCCAUAGGAGAGACGAUGGCGGAAUACAUUGUCGUUCAGGAAAUGCGGUAAACUGGCCAGUGUUGAAAGGUUUUGUGACUGGUGGAAAAUUUUAUUUGUUCGGUGAGCAAAAUAUCUAUGUGUUUGAGGAAAAAGUUUUCCUGGAACAAGGACAACCGUAUGCUGUCACUAAACGCAGUUAUGACUCUUUUUUCAAUUGUCCCGGUGUUAUUCCGCCAGGUUCUUUUUCCAAAUCCUAUUUUUAUUGGAUUAUUGCUGCAAUCAUAUUGUUAUUGUUGAUAUUGUCGAUAAUAUUGUGGUGUAUAUUGGUGAAUCACCGUCGUGGUCAACGAAUCAAAUCAUCAUUGGCACAUGGCAAAACUGGACGUUCCGCAAUCAUUGGACGUUCCGCAAUCAAUGGUCCAAUGAGUUUAUCAAAAAUGUCGACAAAUAUUGGCACUACAAGAAGUGGUAAAAGUACGGUACAGGUCCAGAAAAUUAAUCGUUUCAGUUCGAAAAUUAUCAGUCAUGCAUCAUCGGUGGGAUCAACGAAUGUAACCGCACGCACUGGCAUAAAUAGCAGCAGUCCUAAUCAAUUGAAACGCUUAUCAACCCGAAUACAAAGCGGCAGUCGCCGAAAAUCUAAAUUGCAAAGUUCACGCUUGCAUUAACCAAUUAAAUAAAUAAAUAAAUAAAUUAUACACAUUU